AUGUCAAAUUUAGCCAAAAAAAGACUUAUUCGAGAUUUCAAAAAAUUACAAAUCGAUUCACCUUAUGGAGUUAGUGGUUCUCCAAUUGGAAAUGAUAUUAUGAAAUGGAGAGCAGUUAUUUUUGGUCCUACAGACACACCAUGGGAAGGAGGUACUUUUCAUUUAGAACUUUUGUUCGGAAAUGAAUAUCCAAACAAGCCACCUAAAGUCAAAUUUUUAACGAAAAUGUUUCAUCCCAAUAUAUAUAUGGAUGGAAAUAUAUGUAUUGAUAUUCUUCAAAAACAUUGGAGCCCAAUUUAUGAUAUUUCCGCAAUCUUAACAUCAAUACAAUCAUUACUUAGCGACCCUAACCCCAAUAGUCCAGCAAACCAAGAAGCUGCUCUUUUAUUUGUUGAAAAUAGAAUUGAAUACAAUCGAAGAAUUAAAAAUUGUGUAAAAGAAUCUUUUAAUUUUAUUGAACAAAAAAUUGAAGAGGAAGAAGAAGAUAAAAAAGCAUAA